AUGCUGAGUAUGGCACCUGCUUCUCCCCCAGCCUCUGUGCAGGUGAUGAACAGAAAGGUCCAGUCAGUCCAGGCAGGAGGAAAUGUUACUUUAUCAUGCCGGUCAGUCACAAAAGAAGAUGUGAUACAGGUGACAUGGCAGAAAGAGACGGAUGGGACUGAAGACAACAUAGCAACUUACAGUACGAUUAAUGGCCAAAAAAUAGCCAAGGCCUAUGUAAGCCAUGUGAGCUUUGCCCACAGCAAGUUACAAGCCUCAGCCAUCUCCCUUGAUGGAGUCACCCUCCAAGAUGAAGGAUGCUACAAAUGCAUCUUCAACACAUUUCCCUCGGGGGCUGUCACUGGCAGGAUGUGUCUCAAGGUUUAUGCCAUCUCAGACCCCAGAGUGGAAACUAAACUUAUAUCCAGUCCAGACAAAGCUGAGGAUUCUGAGAAAAUGGUGGGGAUGAGCUGCUCAGCAACAGGGAAACCAGCUCCAAAAAUAACCUGGCACCUCCCCAGCAUACUGCAGCAGAAACCAAAGGAGUACCACAUAAAGUUCAGCAACCAGACCGUGACUGUCAUCAGCAAUUUUACCCAUACCCACUCCAAAAUCCUUCGGGAGUACCCCAUCACCUGCAUGAUCCAACAUCCUUUUCUAAAUGUGACCCUGGUGCUGCCCACAGACAGCCUGGAGCAGGGUCCAGACAGCAGCAUGGCAUCGGCCAUUGCCAUUGCACUGGGGGUCCUGGUCCCCCUGACCUCCCUUCUCAUUCUCACCUGCCUCUUCUUCCACUGCCUCAGGCACCUACGUGAUGCAGAGAGAAACCCAACCUGGCCCUGCUGGGUAGGUCUGCCUUUCCUCAGGGUGCUGCAAAAUUCACUCCCACAGGUCUUGAGGUUCAAUACCAUGACCUGGCUUUGCCCAGCCACACAAGGGCUGCCUGCACACUGCCCAAGCCAGGCUGAAACUGGGCUGGAGAGGGACACAGGAAUGAGCCCCCAGUCAGACAGCUGGGAAGGGGAAACCUGAUUGUGUAUAGCUGUGGGAUCUCAGCACCUCAGGACUGAGGUGCAGAGUGACCGAGACCACCCUUGGGGGGCUCAGCAGUCCUGGAAUGUUGCCAGAAGUGUCUGGUGGCAGGAUUUUGAUCCUACACAGGAGAUGACACCUGUAUGAGGACUGGGAGGAUUUCACUGGGGUGAAUGGUGAAGGGAUAAGUUAAUUAAGGUGUAGAACACAGGGUUUAGGAUUUCUGUACAGGGGGGUCUAGAGAAGUAAGAUGGAGGAAUUGGGGCGUGUCCUGUCCUUCUUCUUCUUCUUCUUGGCCUCCAUCUUCUGUGGUGAUGGUGGCACUUUGGGAUUGGUCUUUACUAGAAGU